GUCAUGAUUAAUUUGCGUUAUUCUUUAAAUGACGCGAUUAUUCCGUCCGUUUCGUAAGUUUGCAAGUUUUAUAUUCAGCUGAAAUUUUACAAGUCAGUCAUUCGUGCCAAGUUGAAGCAUGCUUUAAAGUCGCUAAGCUUCGAAAAGGAAUAUACAAUUGAAGUACAAAUUUUGUUCAUUAGUAGAAUUUUCCGAACAUUAGUAAUGCAAUAACAAAUUGAACGUGAUGUUUAUUGUACUGUGAUACGUGUAAAUGAAAUGUUAAUAUUUAUCCAUCACGAACAUUUUGAUAAAUUUGGUUCAGCGUGACUUAAGAUUCUUCUUAUCAAAGAUGGAAUUCCCAAAUUUAGGAGAACAUUGUUCAGAAAAUAGCUGUAAUCGUUUAGACUUUUUACCUUUAAAAUGUGAUGCUUGUUCAGCAAUAUUUUGUGCAGAACAUAUAUCAUAUAGCAAUCAUAGCUGCCCAAGUGCUUAUAAAAAAGAUAUCCAAGUUCCAGUAUGUCCUCUUUGCAAUGCACCAGUACCUACAAAGCGUGGUGAUCCGCCAGAUAUUGCAGUUGGACAACAUAUGGAUAAUGAAUGCCAGUCUGAUUUAAGAAAACCCAGGCAGAAAAUUUUCUCCAAUAGAUGUUCUUCAAAGGGUUGCAAAAUCAAAGAAAUUGUUCAAAUACGAUGUUCUGACUGUGGGAAAAAUUUUUGUCUGAAGCAUAGACAUCCUACAGAUCACGAAUGUAUAAGUCAAGAAGAGGCUAUUCGAAGAAAAAGAUUGGAAACAUUUGGUAACAAUGUGAAAGUAAAUAGAAGAAACAAUGAAAAUUUCAAGAACUAUCAAGGCAGUAUGAGCGAAGAUGAAGCUCUUGCUAGAGCUCUUCAAGCUUCUAUGCUGGAAGAAAAUACAGCUAGGCGACGAACACUUGAAACUGUUCCUUCUGAAAAUAGAGAUAGGUGUAGACUUUCAUAAGAUCUUUACUCUGCACAAAUUUUUAUAAACAUUCAAGGUACGUUUUUCAACCGCACAAACAUAGAUAAAUGAUUAUAUCUUUUAGAAUUUUGAUCUUCUGCUUGGCAUAAAAUCAAUUUAAUAUUUAAAAUAUAUUGAAAAAUCAUACCUUGUAACUUCAGCUUUCUAUUUCAUGAUCUAGUUCAUGUGGACUUUUACGAAUUUUAUUAUGUACUACUAAAAAAUCUACAGGUUCAUAUUUAAUAGAUAAGAACUGAACUAUAUAAAUACAUAUGAUGCUAAUUAUUUAAAAGCACUUUUAAAAGUUCAGAAUUGUGCUAUAUUCUUUCUUUCACACUAUCAUUUUAAAUUGACUUUUAGAAUUUAGUAGUCUUCAAGAAUUUAAGACUCAUAAGACUCACUUUAAUUCAUAAGAUGUUACUGAAAGUGCUACACUUUAUUUAUAAAAGAAAGCUCCAAGGAUUUUAAACUUUGUGCUUACACAAAUGAGAAUGGUUUUAUAAAAAAAAAAAAAUCAUUUUGAAGUUUGAAUCAUAGUCUGAUUAAUAAAAUAAUCUGUUAUUAAAAAAAAAUUGUUAACGAAGUUUAUAAAAUACUUGUAGAAGAUUAUUAAGCAUUUACUAAAGUUUACAUUAUAGUAAGUAAUUUUAAGUAGGAAGAAAGUAUAGAAAAGUAACGUAAUGUAGAAAUAAUUGUAGUUAUCAAAUUUAUAAACAUACACUACACUUACUCUAUAGUUUAUUAUAUUUAAUAUUGAUACUGAAAAUAAUGUACAAUAUAGCUGACAUAUCGACGUAAUAAGCAAUUCACAUCUUUUAUACUUUUUUAACAAAUAUGUAUAGUAACACUGACAGCCUUUCUUGUUUCAUAAAUAUUUUCUUUCAAUUUCUUGUAUACUUUUAGUAAGACAAAUGCUUCAAAUAUAAGUACUGUUGAAAUUAUAAAUUAUUCCAUAUGUAUAUAGUAUUAGAUUUCAUUCAAUUGUAUAUUCUCUAUUUCUCUAAUUAUUUAAUUUAAAAGAAAUAUCCGAAUAUUGGAAUAACAUUUUGUUAUCCAAUCAAUGGAGGUUUAAAAAUCAUUAUUAUCUAUUUUUAAAAUCAUAUAUUUAUUAAAUUCUCUUUACAUUAAUAAUAUUUGUAAAUGUUUCAGGAUUAAUUUCAGUAAAUUCAACUUACAUAUUUUUGAUUACAUUUUUAUAAGAAAUCGUCUCGAGUAUUAAUUAUUUUUUAGCAGUUUAGAAAAAUUAUUCAGAAAUAUAUAUAAUUUGGUUUACUGAAUAUAUCUUGGAAUAUAACAAUAGGACUUCUUUUAAAGAAAUAUGUAGUUUUAUUAUAAAAACAAAAGUGAACUUUAUGAUUAAAGUUAAAAAUAAAAUUUAA